GCCGCUCCCCCGUGCCCAUGAAACUUCAUUCCCCGGCUUUGCCCUCACCAGUAUGGGACCAAAUGGAGUUUUAUCUGGAGAUUGACCCUGUUACCUUGAAUCUCAUCAUUCUGGUAUCUAGCUAUGUCAUUUUGCUCCUGGUUUUCCUGAUCUCCUGCGUGCUCUACGACUGCAGGGGGAAGGAUCCCAGCAAGGAAUAUGCUCCGGAGGUCCCUGCAGACACCCAGCCCCCGAUCCGGCUGGUGGUGAUGCAGCAGGGCUCCCCUGGCACCCGCUGGGCAAAGGGGCUCGUCACUGGCUACGAAAACCCCUCCGACCUGCCAGGGAAAAGGACUACUGUGGUGUGA